GUUUUAAAAUUUCACAUAAAAAAGAAAUGAAGAUGGAGAAAACUCCCCGUUAUACGCAACGGGAGCGCAAUAUGGUAUUAGGAUUCGCUGCACAGUACAAGGAUGUUAUUGAGAAUAAACGUACCGAUGCUGAGUCGAAUCGUAAAAAAGAUGAAGUGUGGCGUCAAAUUGCUAAAGAGUUUAAUGCACGAGUUUAUCACCAGCGUUCCUCAAAGCAGUUGCGUCAAUUAUAUAAGAAUAUGAAAUUGCUUUUGAAGAAGGAUUUAUGUGGUGAGGGUAAAGGUAAUCGCUCAUUUAUGGAUCUAUUAAAUACAUUGUCACAACAAGAGUCUGUCGCACAAUAUAUAUCAGAACAAAUGUCUCCCGAAGGUUUCAACAGCCGACCGCAAAAAUUUGACGACGAUUUUGAUGACACAAAGUUUCCAGGUAACUUGGGAGGCAUGGAUACUGAUGUGAUUGUUAUAAAAUCUGAAGAUAUAAGCGAUAAUGAGCAAUCACAAAGCGGCCUAAAUCAUGAUAUGGAUGAUGAUGAUGAUGACUGUCUUAGUACAAAGGAUAUACCAGAAGUGUGCUUAGAAGAAGAAGACGAUGAAAUAUUUGCAACAGACUUAAGACAAACAUUACAACAGCAUAACAUACGUCGCGAAUCACAGUCCAAUGCACAAUCUCAAAAUAGUCAACAACAGAAACCCGAAGUGACAAUACAAAAUGUUGGCGGUAUACGUGUUGGCAGCAUUGGUAGUAUGGCCAAUAUGAAGGCGUUGGAAAAUGGCAGCAAUUCAUUAAGCAUUACCCGCACAAACAGUAGUAGUAACACUAACAAUAAUAACAGUGUAAAUACACAGACGAGCAGUGAACAAGCGGCGCAACGUUUGCUACUCAAUGGAUUAGGCCUCAGUGCCGUACAAAGUCCGCCACAAAUGCCAACUUUACAACGUAACCAUAACUUAACCAAUGGCAACAGUAAUUUAUUGCUUGGAUUAAGUAAUAACAAUAAUUAUAUUGGUACGACAUCCAAAAAUACACUAUUAAAUAACGGCAAUAACAGUAGUAUAUUAAACAAUAACUCCUAUAAUAGCAGCACUAAUAAUAAUCAUAACAGUAAUAGCAAUAAUAAUCAUAACAACAAUCGUAACAAUGAUUAUCUCAUGUCUUUAGCGAUUGAGGAACGCAAACGUAAAAUCGAUUUAUUGAAUGCACAAAUUGAUUAUUGGAAAACUUUGACCAAAAAAUUAGAUUCUAAUACUGGACACACUCCAAAUCCUUCAUGCAUUUGUCAUUUCCCCGGUAAUGUCAAUGGUAUGCAAAGUAGUAGUAGCUAGUCCGAUAUGGACCGGGAGAUUGAUGAUGAUGAUAUGACUGUUGAUAUUGUUUUGGAUGAUUAUAAUGCAGAUGUUAAUGAUGACAAUGAACAAUUAUUUGUGGACCGACAAAAUUAUACAGAAGAAAGCAUGCAGGAGGAAGAAGAGGAGGAAGAGAUCAAUGCAAGAAAUUCAAAAGCUGUUUUUAAAAUAGCCAACUUAGAAGCUUACAAAAGUAAAAUAUCUACACUUAAUCAAAAAAACUGUGUAGUUAUAAAAUUG